AGUCAGCGUUGUCAUGGCGAUUGCAGCCAUUUGGGAUGGGGCUCAGCGCCCGGGACCGCAGGAUACGGCCCCUGGGCCGGCCCCGAGGGCUUUCUGGGGGGGGGAGACCGUACCGGGGGCUGGGGGGCAGAGGCUGCUCCGUGGCCACGCGGGGGCUGCUGCGCCGUUGGGAUUAUUGCCCGUUAAUGCAGGGAGGAUAUUUUUAAACCCUCCCAAAAUAGUCUGGGAGCGUGGAAGUCCCUGCAAGCCCCAGGGAUGGGGAGGAUGAGGAGGAUGGGGAGGAUGAGGAGGAUGGGGAUCGCUGCCCCGUGGGACGCAGAGUCCCUCCAGGGACCCCCGACCCCCAGACCCUCUUUGGACUCAGGUCAAGGAUGCUUAAAAGCAAUCAGAGCUAAACGUGGUAUUUCAAACUGGGUACCAACAAGGAUCAAUGACAGUAACACGAGUGCAAAGCUCUCGCCUUUUCCCCUAAACUGGGAUUUUGGGGGGAACCUGCUGGGGCCGGGAUCCUGGGGCAACGGCUUUGCCGACACGCGGUGCCCCGGGAGCUCCCGGCUGCUGGGAUGAGGGGCUAAGGAGGGAGGAACAAAUAUACCUGUGGCAGAAUGGAUGAAAUUACGCAUCAUUACGCUGCUUGGAUUAAACUACGCGUCAAAAAAUAAAGACCAGGCGCAGGUGGCGAUGGGGGGAGCUGGGGGGCCCCUUGCUGGCCCUCCUCAGCACCCCGCGGCAAAGGCGAAACGGGAUUUCUAGCCAGAGAAAGCUGUGAAUAGCACACAAAUGAGCGACGUGCCACAAAUAACACUUUUCUUCACCAUCAACCUCUACAUGAGUGUGUGUGUGGGGGGGUGUUGUCUCUGCCCGUGGCCGGGUGUUACGGGGGAGCGGGGCGAGCCCUGCGGCCGGAGGGGACUUUUCUGGAGAGAAGGAGUUUUGCCCUUCGUUUUUCUCGCCACGGCAUCCCCAGAUGAAGCAGGGGCUGGUUUACGGCUCCUUGCGCCAGGGAUGGACGUCGCCCGGGUCGCUCCGUGCCUCCCCCCUGGGGAGGGUCGCAAAGGGAACGGCCCCACGAAGGUCCGUCCCUGCCCGUGGCCACGCUCGGGGGCAGCAAAGCCCCUUUCCCACAGCCGGGAUGGACGGCACGGAGAUUUGCUGACAUCGGUCACCCCCCCGUGGCCGUAAAACUCACUUUUAUAAGGGAAAAAAUGUAAAUAGUGCGGCAACACGCUCUUCCCGGCCACGCAAACGUGGUGGCCUCCCCAGGGCAGGGAGGGCAUCGCCAGGAGGAUGCCCAAGAGCAGGGAGACACAAACCCGUCUCCCCCGGGGCGGCCGGGCACCCUCCGUGGGAUGAGCCGGGGCAUCUCCGCCGCGACCCGCGCCGGCCGGUGACGCCAGAGCUCUGCCUGUGUUUUGGGUGGGCAGCUGAGCUCGGUGGAUGCCUUUGAAAGGCCCCGGUCACGAGCUCGGCUAUCUUUAGCCCAAGGUAUUUAUAUUACAAGGCAGCGGCGUGGCGGCCGCCGGGCAGCGCAGCAGAGGCAUCGACGGGUGGUGGGAGCAGGAGGGGGCUGCGCCGGGACACGGCACGGAGGACCAUUUCCCCCCCGAGAGCCACUGAGCCCCCCGGUGAGGAUGACCCCAGAGGAGGAAGGCUCUCGGGCAGGGCCGCCGGAGCGGGUGCGUAUCCGGGUGGAGGAGCAGUCGUUCUGGGUGGAGAAGACCUUGCUGGUGGAGAGCAGCGAGUACUUCCGUGCCCUCUUCCGCUCGGGCAUGAAGGAGAGCACGCAGGAGGAGAUCGGGCUGGGGGAGCUGAGCGCGGCCGGGUUCCUCAUCAUGCUGCAGGUGCUGGCUGGUGAGAGGCCCAUCCUCGGCAGCGAGGAGACCUUCCAGGCGGUGGAGUGUGCCGCCUUCCUGCAGGUGAAGCCCUUGGCCAAGUACCUGAUCCACUCCAUCAACUCCGACAACUGCAUCCUGCUGUACCAAGCUGCCGCCAUAUUCGGUCUCCUGGACCUCUUCCACUGCGCUGCGCUCUACAUCAGGGACAGCUACGCCGAGCUGGAGGAGUACCUGGACUGCCUCUCCGCUGACCUGCUGGCCUACGUGGAAGCCCUCCUACCCAGCACCUUCGUGGCAGUAGGAGCCCACACACCCACCUUUGAGUUCUUGGAGGACCUCUCCAGGACCAUCUGCUACCUGGAUGAGGAGACCAACACAUGGAGGACCCUCUCCUGCCUGCCGCUGAGUGCCAGCACAUUCCUAGCUGGCAUGGCAACCAUGGAUAAUAAGAUCUACAUCGUGGGCGGCGUCUACGGGGCCAGCAAGCAGGUGGUGGAGAGCAGCUUCUGCUACGAUGCCGAUGCCAACACCUGGAGUGAGUUUCCCAGCCCUCAUCAGCUGCGCUACGACGUCAGGCUGGUGGGCCACGAGGGCUACCUAUACGCCAUCGGUGGCGAGUAUGAGAAGAUCUCGCUGAAGUCUGUGGAGAGGUACGAUGUGGCCUCCAACACCUGGACGUUUGUCUCUGACCUGCCACAGCCGAGCGCAGCGGCACCCUGCGCCCAAGCCAUGGGGCAGAUCUUUGUUUGCUUGUGGAAGCCACUGGACACCACCGUCAUCUAUGAGUACGAGACCCAGCAAGAUGCAUGGCUUCCCGUCACCGAGCUCAAGCGGCACCAGAGCUACGGGCACUGCAUGGUGGCCCACCGCGACAACCUCUACGUCAUGCGCAACGGCCCGUCGGAUGACUUCUUGCGUUGCGUCAUCGACUGCUUCAACCUGACGUCGCGGCAGUGGACUGCCCUGCCCGGGCAGUUCCUGAAUAGCAAAGGAGCCCUCUUCACCGCCGUCAUCAGGGGUGACACUGUCUACACCGUCAACAAGAUGCUGACGCUCCUCUACUCCGUGGAAGAGGAGACCUGGAGGUUCAAGAAGGAGCGGGCAGGUUUCCCGCGCAGCGGCUCCCUGCAGACCUUCCUCCUGCGGCUGCCGAGGCACAACCACGACAUCGCAAUGUAGGUGGCCCCCGUCUCACGUCGGGAUGCUCUCCUUGCACGUGGCCUCGGUUCUGCACCCACCGCUCCCCUGGGCUCCUCUCCUCCUCUGCAGAGCUAUGCCCAGGUCCAGGGACGUGUCACAUUGGACCUCGGAGGUGACACUGGACCCUGCCAGAGAGAAAGGGGCUGCAGGCAGCUUCUGCCUGCCUCUGCCUGCCCUGCAUGGGCUGGUGCAAAGUCCUACCAGACGUGGGCUCGUGAACCAACUGCGUGCAGAGCUUCGUGGCUUCUGCAGAGGACAGAUACCAAAGAGACACAAACACGGGUUAUAUUUAUUCUGACCACACUCUAAAGGUGCGCAGCAUCCCACCUCCUAUCUGCUCCGAUGAGAAAUCAUUCAUUAUAUCCUGGAAUUAA